AUGCCCGGAGUCACCAUGAAGGACGUAAACCAGCAGGAGUUCAUCCAGGUCCUGGCUGCCUUCCUGAAAAAGUCAGGGAAGCUGAAAGUCCCUGAAUGGGUGGACACAGUCAAGCUGGCCAAACACAAGGAGCUGGCGCCCUAUGACGAGAACUGUUUCUACACCUGGGCUGCCUCCACCACCCGCCACUUGUACCUCCAAGGCAGGGCAGGGGUGGGAUCCAUGACCAAGAUCUAUGGCAGGAGCCAGUGCAACGGGGUCAUGCCCAGUCACUUUAGCAGAGGCUCCAAGAGUGUGGCCUGGAGGGUCCUGCAGGCCCUGGAAGGCCUCAAGAUGCUAGAGAAGAACCAGGAUGGGGGCGGAAGUUGA